AUGGCGUUCCGAGCGGGGGAGCAGAUCGGUGGUUUCACCAUCGACCGGCUUCUGGGACGUGGCGCCUAUGGCGAGGUCUUUCUUGUGCACCAGGCGGGACGGUAUGCCAUGAAGGUCAUGUCCUACGAUGUUGCGAGCCACCGGGACACAGAAGGCAAGCGCUCGGAUCCUUCUUUGGAGGCUGCCCUGGCCGAAGCGGCCCUGCUUCAGGAGCUCCGCUAUCCACACAUUGUCAGCUGCGAAGAUGUCUUGUACGACAUGGAUCGGCAGGUGGUGUGCCUUGUGUUGGAGUAUAUGGAUGGAGGUGAUCUCCAUGGCCUCAUCGAGCGCCAAAGAGAGGCCGGGACCGGCUUCGAUGCCCACUUUCCUCGCAGAGUCCUCGCGGCAGUCGGUGGUGCACUUCAGUACAUACACAGCGUGGGCAUCUUGCACCGAGAUGUGAAGCCUGCAAACAUCCUCCUCUCCAGGCGAUCCGGGCGAAUCAAAAUCUCUGACUUCGGCAUCUCCAAGCUCGUUGAAGCCACAACCCUCAAGGCACACAGCCUCGUAGGUACGCCGUAUUACUUUGCUCCUGAGCUCGUCUCGGGCGAGGAGUAUGGAUCUGCUGCCGAUGGCUGGGCACUAGGCGCCGUGGUCUACGAGGUCGCCGCGCUGCGCCGCCCCUUCGAGGCAAGCAAUCAGCUUGCGCUCGUGCGGAAGAUCUGCGAGGUCGAUGUCGAUGGCAUCUCCCAGCAUUUGGGCCCAAAGGACGGUGACUCACCGUGGUCGCCCAAGGCAUCCCAUCAUGGCAGGGAGGUCAAGGAUGAAGGCGGCGGCAUCCUACAGAUGCCACGAGAUCUCCAGGUCACCUUCGUGCUGCUGUUCGUCACGGCAAUGUGCCUUCAUGCCGACCAGAACUUGGCGGCUCCAAACCUGUCACAGAUUGCAAACGACUUUGAAAUGACGCCUAUGCAGAAGGACUCGCGUCUUGGUGGCCUGGUGCAAUUUGGCUUCUUCCUGGUCGGUGGUGCCGUCUCCGUGCUGGUGGGACCCGCUGCAGACCAGUUUGACCGGAUCAACGUCCUCUGCGGUGUCGUGCUUUGUGGCUGUAUCCCAUCGCUGCUGAUGAGCCUCAUGGUUCCAUCUACGAAGGCGGGCUUCUUCUACUUCUUCAUGGCAAGGAUAUGCACAGGGGUUGCAAUCGGCGGCUCGUUUCCUGUCCUCUUUGCUUUCUCAGCAGACGUCUUUCCCGCAUCGCAGCGUGCGCUGAUCUCCGGAGCCCUGAAUGCGGCGGGCAAUAUCGGUGCAGCAUUGGGAGGCCUCAUGUCAGGGGUUGUGGGCCCAUCUUAUGGCUGGAGGAUGCCCUUCACCAUCGUGGCGCUCCCCACCCUGGUCUGUGCGGCUCUCGUCCGCCUUCUCCUGGCAGAUCCACGGACCCAGCAGAAGGCCAAAGCCAAGCGGGAGGAGGUGGUGACCAACGAGGCCUUCUCUGCGUGGAUGGGUGGUGCAGAGAUUCGUGGAGAGGGGCUCAGUAUGGAGGAUCUCGACCUCACCAAGUUCCAAAAGGUCUUUGCAGUCAAGUCCAACAUGUUGGUCUUUGCGCAGGCACUGCCUGGUUGCAUUCCGAUCUCGGUGAUCGUGACCUUCCUGGCGGACUACCUGGCGACGGACCAGGGCAUGGCUGUGGAGGCCUCGACUGCCGUCACGGCGGUCUUCGGCAUGAGCUGCUUGGGCUUCGGGAUCACGGGAGGCAUCCUUGGACAGUCCCUGUGGAACCAGAGGCAGAAGAAGAUGCAGCACUUCUGCUUUCUCACCGCCGCCGGGAUGCUGGUGGCCCCGCUGCCGUUCAUGCUGCUUGUGAACUCCUCGCAGGCGUUGAUCACCACUGCGUCGGGCCGGCCAACGCUCUUUGCAUUCUUCUUGGCCUUGUGUGGCGGGUCCGCGGCGCUGGCAGGGCCCAACAUCCGGGCAGUGCUGAUGAACGUCAACCCGUCGGAGCGCCGGGGGACCGUCUUCUCAGCCUUUACCUUGUGUGACGAUCUGGGCAAGGGGCUGGGACCGAGCAUUGUGGUGGCGCUCGUGUCACUACUUGGACGCCGCAAAGCUUUCACCCUGGCUUUCGGGUCCUGGUGGAUCAGUGGAGCCAUUGUGACUCAGUUGCGGAGCUCUCUCAGCAUCGAUGCUUCCCGUGGUGGGGACUCUCUUCUUCCGACCAAAAAGAUGUAG